CAUGGGUCUACCAAUUAUCCAUAUUCUUUGGCCUGAAGAUUCCUGCGAUAUGAUUGUAGCUAAGUCAGGAGAGACAUUGGUUAUCAAUAUAGCGGUUCAAUCAGCUACGGAACCGAUCGUAACAUGGUUCAAUCAAGGAAAAAAGCUGGAUCAAUCAAAAGGAUUUAAUUCCGGAAAAAUUUGUAGUGGAAGAUACUAUGCUUCUUUUCUGCAUGUCCCUGAUAAUUGGAAUAGUGUAGACGUUUACGCACAAAAUCGAGAUGGAUCAAAGUCGAUUAACAUUCCUAUUAAAGUUUUCAAAGUCAGAUCCAAAGCCAAAAAUAUAAGAUCUAGAAAAUCUGAAACAUUUCGACCUCGUGACUUAGCCAUGACUCUUCCUAGAAGAAUGAUAAGGUCUGAUUCCCUUAAUUACACAAGCCAUGAUCUUAAUUCAACUGUUGAUUCUACCACUUGUUAUACAAAUAUACCUCUUGCCGGUACUCUUUCAAGAUACCGUGAAAGUGCGAGUUAUCUUGGAGAAGAUUUAGAUGAUGUUUUUGAAGAUAAUUUUAAUAUUUCCUCUGUUGAAAAUCUUCGAAAAAAGACAAAAAGUCGGCGAAAAAUAUUUAAUUCUGCACCAAAGCUCCACAGAACAAUGUCAUCCCUGGUAAGAACAGAUAGAAAUAGCAUGCUGUUCAAUUCAUCUGAUGUGAGACCAAGAUCAUGUGUAUUUGUAACACCAACAAUACGAAGACAUGUUAAGAGUAUUGCCGAUUUUAGGGCGCCGCGACAAUCAAACGUUCAAGAAGAUAUAUCUUGCCAAGUAUUACCUGUUGGACCCUUAGCUAUAUCUGAAUUCUCAUCAGAAGAGAAUUUCGCUACUAUACCAAAAUCACCAAUUAUUAUGUACGAAAGAGAAAAAGUCUCGCAAAUUUCAGACAAAACUAAAGAAGAUUCUUUAAAUGAGAGUUUUUUAAAUAAUAACCGCUUCAAUGAUACUGCAAAAGUGAUAAAUAAUGGAAAACCAAUAAUUAAACAAAAAACUGAGACAAGAAAAUCGAAUAACUUGAUGAAGAGGUUUUCAAACAUUUUCAAAAGUUUUAGAUCUAAAAAAGAGAUUAAGAUAAACAAAAAAGUGGAAGAUCGAGAGCAAGUCCCUGUGAAAAAGCGUUACUCAAUGCCUGCUACUGAAGAAAACCAGACGCUGACUGACUUAGAUGAUGCUGCCGUUAAAAAAUUUUUCAGACAGAACUCGCUUUUUUCGGAUAAUAGUGAAUGUAUAUCUAAGAGAGGUACUAGUGAAAUAGAUAUUUAUCAUACCAGUCUUUCAAAUGAUUCUGAAAGUGAACGUAGAGAAUUAGAUUACUUGGAUGUUAAUAAAGUAGAGGAAAACAAAAUUUUCAAUAAUACCCAAUCGGCUCUUACCAGUAGAGAAGAGAGUUUAGUAAAUUGUGAACAAACCAAAAAUCUAACACAACCACUUAAAAGUAAUAAAUGUAAAGGAAUAUUAUUAAAGACGGGGGAAGAUGAAAAAAAAGAAACGGAAAAGGAAAGAGAUGAUGAAAAUAUCGAGAAUAUUAAAUCAGACGACGAAGACACAGAUGAAUGGAAUUCUGAUUUUGUAACUGUGACUGAAGUUAUGGUUGAUAUAUCUCCCCAGAAGUUAAACAUAAUUUCGGAAGAUUACAGUCAAACUGUCGUUAAGGAUAGCUAUAAACCAAAAACUUUACGAAAAUUUUCGGAAAGUGAAAAUGAGAGAGAAAUGGAAAACACUCAAGAUAUGUUUACUUAUUUCUCAAGUAAUUUUUUAGAAGUGCACUUCAUGUGGGCCGCUCAUCAAGCACAUCAUAGCUCUGAAGAUUACAAUUUUACAACAGCUCUAAGACAAUCUUGUCUUCAACAGUUUCACGCUUGGUUAUUUUUUGCCCCUAUAGCUUUAUUUGUACCACCCCAAGUAUACGUUGUUCAUCAUUAUUUUAAUUUACUCUGGCAAUUUUGGCUUCAUACUGAGAUAAUUGGAGAUCUUGGUUUCUUAGAAAGUGUACUCAACACCCCAAAGCAUCAUCGGGUUCAUCACGGUCGAAAUAAAUAUUGUGUUGAUAAAAAUUACGGCGGAAUACUAAUUAUUUGGGAUCAUGCUUUCGGUAAAAUAAUUACAGUCUUUUAA